UUUCGCUUUAACCUUGCCGUGUAUGCAAAGGGAUUCAGCGCUGGAUUCUAAUUUACUUUUUUACUUAAAGCAAAAUAAAUAAAUUUCAUACUGUUUCUGAAGUUUUCCUUUUAGUUAAAAAUGACUUAUCAGGCAGGUUUACAGCACCCGAGCUCAUAUUCCGAGCAAGAUGGAACGAAUCUUUACGUUAGAAAUUUACCUCUUGAAAUGACAAGUGAUUUACUUUUAGCUACUUUUACGCCAUAUGGUAAAGUCUUAGAACAUCGAAUAAUGAGGGAUUUCGCCACUGGCAUUAGUCUUGGUUUCGGCUUUGUACGUUUUGAGAAAAAAUCAGAAGCUGAUGCUGCUAUUGCCACUUUGAAUGGCCAUACACUCGGGACAAUACCGUUAGUCGUUAAGGUUGCUGACAAGGUUAAGGAAAUUGGACAAGUUAGUGAUAAUGUUUAUAUCAAGCAAAUGCCUCUUAACUGGGAUGAGAACAACGUUAGACAGCUUUUUGGAAAUUAUGGUAACAUCCAACAAAGCAUUGUUUUAAGAGAUAUAAAUACUGGAACUUCUCGUGGGAUAGCAUUUGUUAGAUAUAGUACGGAAGCAGAGGCGUCUGCCGCCAUUGCUGCUCUUAAUGGUUUCACUCCACCUGGAUCUAUGCAGGGCCUCGUAGUGCGCUUUGCAGAGACGGAAGAGCAGAAGCAGGCACGUCUUCGACGGACGGGGCUGCUUCCUACAGCUCCCGUGAUUCCCAAUUACGGCGGCUUGGCGACGCCCUCUCCUGCCACUCCCGUUAGCCCCGCCGCUCAGUACUCGUAUGCCCAUGCUCAAUACCAACAACAGUGCAUGCAACUGAAUGCUUAUUCAAAUUAUGGUGCUGCUCUUUCUGCGGCGGCCGGCUCGUAUACUAAUCGAUAUACUCCGUACUCCUCUCAAUCUCAAGAGCCAGAUCCCAGCAAUCUUUUUAUUUUUCAUCUUCCCAUGGAAGUUAAUGAUGCCGCUCUUUAUCAAUUGUUUUCACCUUUUGGGACUUUGGAGAGUGUGAAGGUUACUACUGAUGCUAAUGGGAUGAGCAAAGGUUACGGCUUUGUGAAGUUUUUUUGUCCUCAAGAAGCGUAUACUGCGAUUCAAAUGAUGAACGGCUAUAAGAUUGGCAACAAAUAUUUGAAAGUCAGCGUGAAAACGAAGCCUCGCCGAUAAAAUCGCACGAAUUAUAAUUAAAGAAAAACUAGUGAAUCUA